AUGGAAGCCAUCGCAGGACUUAGUCUUGCUGCCAACAUCUUACAGGUUAUAGACUUCACCGCGAAAGUCUUGUCAACUGGAAACCAAAUUCGCCAGUCAGGUUCUAUUGUACAGAACUCGGAGUUAAAACGGGUGGUUGAAGACUUCACGGCACUGAACGAACGCAUAACAUUAUGGGCUCGUCCUAAUCCGGCCGGCUCGGGCCCAUUGGCCCAGACCAGCCAGGCACUUGAGGAUCUGGCUACUGAGUGCACGAAGAUUGCUCAAGAACUUAUUGCCAAACUCGAGUCGUUGCGAUGUCCCAAAGACGCGGCCAGAUACAAGAAGAUUCUCAGCGCUCUAAGAGCAUCUCGGAAGGCGAAAAAGAUCGAGGAUAUCGAGUCACGACUUCAGAUAAUGCGUGAUGAGCUUCAGUUUAGAAUUUUAGGUUCUAUCAGGGACGACCAAUUACAAGGUCUAGAUGAAACGAGUCGGAUAGCGAUGCUGAGCAUAGUGGAGAACAACAAACAACUCGGCACGACAAUGACUUCACAAACCGAAAAGAUCAUACAACGGCAAGAGGUCGACAGCUCUGUGGCAUCGAUACGUCACAAAGAGGUCCUACAUACCGUCGCCAAUCAACGAUUAAAGAAGUACAGCAUAAAGGAUGUCCCACGCGCAAUCACGAAUAAGUUACACUUCGCUCGGAAAGACGAUAGAUACGACGACAUCGUUACUGCGCAUCAGAACACCUUCAACUGGGCACUGGAGAGUAGAGAUUCCUUAAGCUGGCCAAGCCUCGCAGACUGGCUUCGCUAG